AUAGAAGGGUAUAGUCCCCACGUCAGCUCCACCUGUUCCGAAUGCAAGUUAAUCCAAUUUCUCCAUUUUUGGCUUUUCCAGAUAUUUCUGAUUUUGUUGCCAAUCACUUUUUUGUUCAGUUUUGCUUUUGCUUAUUCCGUUCCGUUCCGCCGGUCAGUAUAUUCUCAUCUUCCCUCUUAAACCUCUCUGUCUUCUCUUCUCCACGCCCUUCUAGACAACCCAUUAUUCCUCUCUUCAAUUCCUCAUCAUCUUAACCUUAUCUUCUCCAAACGCCCUCAAUCUUUUACAAUAUAAAACCCACUUUUUUGUACACUCAUUCACGCACAAACCAAUUUGCCCUUUCCUUAAACAACCAUCUAUUCUGCUUAUUCCAUCUACCAGUCAAUAUUUUUUAUUUUCAUCUUUUUUUUCCCUGCAUAUUCCAAUAUUCUUCUUCAUACAUGCACCAUGAAGAUUUUCAGCCCCUCUAAGUGCUUUCUCACGAAUGUGGUGUGUCCUUCGGACACCAUAUUCCUGAAACACACCAAUCUUUCUCAUCUGGGUGCCACCCAUCUUUACCAAUUCAGAAUGUCAAUUCUCUCUUGGCCUAAUUAGCUUCGAUUCCACAAUCUCCACAGUUUAGCACCACCUUCUUCCUCCUUUCCUUCUCCGAUGGAUCCUCAAAACAGUAGCAGCAGCAGCAGUGACAACAACAACAACAACAACAACAACAACAACAACCGGAGAAGCAUAAUCUUCAACAAGUACGAGAUGGGGCGGGUUUUGGGGCAGGGGAACUUCGCAAAGGUCUACCACGGAAGGAACCUAACCACCAACGAGAGCGUGGCCAUAAAGGUGAUAAAGAAAGAGAAGCUGAAGAAAGAAAGGUUGGUGAAGCAGAUCAAACGCGAGGUGUCGGUGAUGAGGCUGGUAAAACACCCCCACAUAGUGGAACUCAAAGAAGUAAUGGCAACAAAAGGAAAAAUCUUCCUUGUAAUGGAAUACGUCAGAGGUGGAGAACUCUUCUCCAAAGUCGCAAAGGGAAAACUCUCCGAAGACGUAACCAGAAAGUACUUCCAACAACUCAUCAGCGCCGUCGAUUUCUGCCACAGCCGCGGCGUCACCCACCGUGAUCUCAAGCCGGAGAAUCUUCUCUUGAACGAAAACGAGGACCUCAAGGUCUCCGACUUCGGCCUCUCCGCGUUGCCGGAGCAACGCCGUGCCGACGGCAUGCUCGUGACGCCGUGUGGAACCCCUGCUUAUGUUGCACCCGAAGUGUUGAAGAAGAAAGGCUAUGAUGGUUCCAAGGCUGAUAUAUGGUCCUGUGGUGUAAUUCUCUAUGCUUUGCUUUCUGGGUAUUUACCGUUCCAAGGUGAGAACGUUAUGAGGAUUUAUAGAAAGGCUUUUAGAGCUGAAUAUGAAUUACCAGAUUGGAUUUCGCCCCAAGCUAAGAACUUGAUUUCGAAACUCCUUGUUGCUGAUCCUGAAAAGAGGUAUUCUAUUCCUGAUAUAAUGAUCGACCCUUGGUUCCAAAUUGGGUUCAUGAGGCCACUUGCGUUUUCCAUGAAGGAAUCAACGGUUGAAGAUAACAUUGAUUUUGAUGAGGUGGGUGGUGAAGAAGAGGUUGGGGCAAUGAUGAAACCGGCUCGGCCGUUUUACAAUGCGUUUGAGAUUAUUUCCUCGUUGUCGCAUGGUUUUGAUCUUAGGAAUUUGUUUGAGACGAGGAAGCGGUCUCCGUCUAUGUUUAUUAGCAAGUUUUCAGCUUCUGCGGUGUUGGCAAAGCUCGAGGCGGUGGCGAAAAAGUUGAACUUUAGGGUCACGGGGAAGAAGGAGUUUGUAGUGAGGAUGCUGGGGACGGAGGAGGGGAGGAAGGGGAAGCUCGCCAUGAAGGUGGAGGUGUUUGAGGUGGCGCCGGAGGUGGCGGUGGUGGAGUUUUCUAAGUCGGCCGGAGACACUUUGGAGUAUGUUAAGUUCUGUGAGGAACAAGUGAGACCUUCUCUCCAAGACAUCGUUUGGAGUUGGCAGGGUGAUAGUAACUCCAACAACAAUCAGUAGUUGUUGUGAUGAUCUGUGAAUGGGAACACAAAAAGCUACACAAAAGUGAAGUGUUUUUUUUUUUUUUUAAUAGUAGUUUGCUUUGGCUUCAAAAUUUGAUUUCAUACUAUGUAAAUUUAAGGUUGUUAUGGUGUUUGAAGUUAGUUAAUACUGCCUAAAAUCAUCCCGCAAAUUGUGGAAAAAGUAGAAACGGGGUUCUUCGCUUCACCGUAUAUGUUGGUUCGGUUUAAGUUACCAGAUAGAAUAUGUUUCAUAUUCACGAAAGAUGAAAAUGAUCCUAGAUAAUCGUGAGGGUUUGAUUAUAGUUCGUGUUGGGUCCCUUUGUGUUUAAAACUGUGAUUUGUAUUUCGGAGAGUAACGAAAGCUAAGUACCAAUAGAUUUUGUAAAGAGAGAAUUGGAAGGCUUGGAUUGGUGGAUUUUGGAGCUAAAGGUUAAGUAUGUACCAAUAGAUUUGUAAAUGGAAGAAUUGGAAACCUUGGCUUGAAUUGUUGAAUUCCAGUUGUUCAACAGGAUUACUAAGUUUGAUAUUAUGCGUCACCAACCUUAGGUUGGUUUAGAUAUUCAAACAUGAAUGAGGUUGGAUGGAACGUGAUGGAUUCAAAUAAAAAGAAAUAGAAUUAAAGUGGACUGAAAAUAUUACCCUGUUGAUUGAAUUUUUUUACAUAAAAUAAUAUUAAUUUAAUUACAUAUUUCUUAAAUUGAGAAGAAUAUAAAAUAAAAUAAGAUGAAAUUAAUUUUAUUUUAUUAGUAUUUUGGUUAUUUAAAUAAUAGAACACGCCAAGAUCUCUCUCUCUUUUACUUCACUCUUGGGUCCUUACUACUGAUUCAAUUGAUGAUAGAAAGGUGAUUGGGGAUUGUGGGUCAUAAUAAAUUUUUGUCAAAGUGCAAGGACCAAAAGAUCCGCAAAUGAGUAAAUUGCAAGACAGCCAAGCCUUGGAUUUUCUAUGGCUUCAUCAUUGUUAUUUAUUAUUACGGUAUUUUGGUUGUGCCCUUUUUGCUAUUCUGUCCCACUAAUCCUAGUGAACAUGUUU